AUGUCACAAAAUAAUGAAGUUAGUUCGGUUCAAUCAAAACAAGAAGUUGAUGGAAUUGUUGAUCUUAUCAGUAAUGCAAAUACUGAUCCAUGUCUUCAGCCAUUGCCAAUCGGAUUUCAGUUACAAUAUUGCUCUCCGACUGAUUCAUUCCUAUGUCCUCGUGGUACCUUUUGUCAAAUUGGUGCUGGACCACAACAAACAUUUUGUUGUCCUAUAAUUGCUGACAAUCCAUGUAAGCAAAAACAAGAAUCCGGAAUUGGUCUUAUCGGGUUAAAACGUUGGUACUAUGAUGCAAACGAUAAUUAUUGCAAAACAUUUAUUUUUAACGGUUUCAAGGGAAAUCAAAAUAAUUUUUUGACAUUUCGUAUAUGUCAACAAAGUUGUGGCGCUAUAAAUCCAUGUGAAAAUGGUGAACCACAAAUUCAAACAAAUGUACAAGAACAAUGUUCACCAGAAAAUGUUCAUUCAUGCCCGAAAGGAUAUUAUUGCCGAAUUCUGGAUGAUUUAACAAAAAGUGUUUGUUGUCCAGGAACUGAUCAAACUGUACUUAUCAAUGAUAGAGUAAUAAUGCCAAAUCCUCUUGCAAAUGUUAAUUCUGGUUCCGGUAGCAUUUAUAAUUUGAACAAUGGUCAUUCCUUGACCACCAAUAUUGAUUAUAUGAAAAGCAGAACUGUUGAUUCGAUUGAUAGUGCUAAUAUGGCUAUUGGUAAUAUUGCACCAAUUGAAUCAAUCAAUUAUGGUAAUACUAAACCAAUUAAUUCGAAUGAAUAUCUCGGAUAUAACGCAGCUACUGGUAUUAAACCGAAUUUUAGUAAUAUAUCACAAUCAAAUAAUUUUAUCAAUCAGGUUGGAACAUCUGAUUUUACUAGAGCAGGAACUUUUAUUAAUUCUUAUUAUGGUAUACCAAAAAGUGGAAUGAUAUCUGAAUCAAUCGGUUCUGGUAUACCGAUAUUUACCGGUAAUAGCCCGGUUAACACUGGUGUCUCAGUUGAUUCAUCAUCUGGUACUGCAUUUGAAAAUGCCAGAAUUUCGAGUGAAUUCAAUAGUGGGACGCAAAAUUUAGCGCCAAAUAUAGCGAUCGAAAAUAUUCGUGGAAAUCGUUGCUUGCAAGCACUUGCACCUGGAACAGGUACAUAUAGUUUACCACGAUAUCAUUUUGAUGCAGAAGCAUCACUCUGUCGACCAUUCAUAUAUUCAGGAUUUGGUGGUAAUGAUAAUAGUUUUGAAACAAUUCAGGAAUGUCGGAUGGCUUGUCCUGAAUAUGAUAAUCCUUGUCCAGUUGGUUUACCAUAUGUUGAUGAAAAUGAUGGAAGUGUCGCAUUUUGCUCAUCUAUUAAUCCUUUAUGUCCUUCCAAUUAUUGGUGUCAUAUAGGUGAUCGACGACAAACAUCAGUCUGCUGUCCAUCUUUAAUAAAUUUCAAUACAAUGCCAAUUACAAAUCAAUUUCGACCACUAAGAAGUUUGUUAUCGACGAAUUUUAUGCAAAAUUUUAAUGGUCCAGCUCUGGACAUGAGAAUUGGUUCUAGUGAACAUAAUGAUAUGCCAGGAAUGAUAUCGCAAGCAUGCUUUCAAUCCUUGCAAGAGGGUAGAGGUCAAGCUAAACUCACUCGAUAUUAUUUUAAUAGUAGAACAAGAACAUGUGAGAAGUUUAUUUAUUCUGGAAAAGGUGGAAAUCAGAAUAAUUUCUUGUCAAAGAUGGAUUGUGAAGAAACAUGUCCAAUAUUAGACAAUCCAUGCGAAAAUGGUCUUCCAGCUAUGAGUUCAGAAGGUAAUCCAAUACUAUGUGACAGUGAUAGUAGCACUAUAUGUGGUAUCGGUUACUAUUGUCAUAUUGGUGCAACAUCAUCAACAACAGUUUGUUGUCCUACAAUUGGUGACCCUUGUCAUAUGCCAGUGUCCAACGGGAAUGGAAAUGCAAUUUUAAAUCGUUGGUAUUACAAUACACAAUCACAAAUUUGUGUGAACUUUGUUUAUAGUGGUCAAGGUGGUAAUUCAAAUAAUUUUCGGACGCGCGAAGAUUGCAUUAAAACAUGUCCUGAAUUUAGAAAUCCAUGUUCUGCUGGACGACCACAUAUUGGUCUAAAUGGACAAAUUACACGUUGCGGUGCUACUGGACCAUUAAUAUGUCCAACAACUUAUUGGUGUCAUAUUGGUGCAUCAUUGGAGAAUUCGGUUUGUUGUCCUGCUACUGGGAUACCAUGUGAGCAGGAGGUUGAAAUAGGAACCGGUGAUGCGGUUUUAAUACGAUUUUACUACAAUUCAGCAACACGCACCUGUCAACAAUUCCAGUACUCUGGUCUUGGUGGAAAUGAGAAUAACUUUUUGACGUUACGUGAUUGUGAAGCACAUUGUCCAGUAUUGCCAAAUCCAUGUGGACUUGGUCAACCACAAACAGAUGAACAUCAGAAUCCAGUUAUGUGCAGUGCUGCUGAUACUAAGCCAGUUACCUAG